CGCCACUGAUCUCCUUCUCUCCACUUCCAUCCUCUCUACUUAAAACACCACCACCUUAAACACCUCCGUCUCAAGUCUCAGCGCCACCCUCUCGCAAUGUCUCGUGUUCCCACGAACGCCAUCCUUCUUCUCAGCCGGCGGUCACAUGCCACGGUGGCAGCAGCGGUAUCACGUGUGCCGGCGGCGGAAGGUGAGUCGCGUGCAGCGACGAGGGAGGAGGAGGUCUUUUGGAUGAGGGACCCAAAGACCGGGAACUGGAUGCCGGAGAACCGGGUCGGCGACGUCGACGUGGCCGAACUCCGAGCCCGGUUCCUCAAGGGCACGAACAAGAACACCUUCAAGGAUUAGAGAGAUCAGAGGAGUCUUCUCUUUCCCUAGCAGUUGGAGUUGGAUCUCAAGUAAUGCUUUAGUUGUCUACAUCGGCGUUACAACAUUGAGUUGUUGCAUAGAGCAGAAGAGAUUGCCAUAUGGCUGGCUUUAAAUACAGUCUUCUUUAGCUUUUUCUAUCAGUAUCAUUGUAUCUAAGAGAUUAAUCUCAUAGAUACGAUAUGAUCUUGAUUUAUAUUCUUAACACUCCCUUGAGCA